AUGGGUCGUUCUUUUUUUCGUAAAUUGCUUGAUGAUGACUCAGAUGAUGAUGAGAUAAUUAUGAAACUUCUCAUGGGUGAGACAUCACAUCGUAAGCGUCGUCGGUAUAUCGACCGUAACCAUUUGGCAGGCCAUAAACGGCUUUAUGAUGACUACUUUGCUGAAGAACCUGUAUAUCCUCCCAAAGUAUUUCGAAGGAGAUUUCGAAUGAGACGUUCUCUUUUUCUCCGAAUCCUAUCUAAAGUAGAAGCUCACGAACCUUAUUUUAUUCAAAAAAGAAAUAAUGCCAAAAAGCUUGGUCUAUCUCCCCUUCAAAAGAUGACCGCUGCACUUAGGAUGCUUGCUUAUGGAGUAACAGCUGAUUUUUUGGAUGAAUAUGUGAGAAUAGCCGAAAGCACUGCAAUGAUGAGUCUGAAAAAAUUUGUUGCUGCAGUGGUUGCUAUUUUCUCAGAGCAAUACUUGAGGUCACCAAACAAUGAAGACAUCGCUAGAUUGUUAGCCCAUAGCCAAAACCGUGGAUUUCCAGGCAUGUUGGGAAGUAUUGAUUGCAUGCAUUGGAAAUGGAAAAAUUGUCCAACUGUAUGGAAAGGGAUGUAUUGUGGCCAUGUUCAUCAGCCAACUAUUAUUUUGGAAGCAGUGGUUUCAUAUGACCUUUGGAUAUGGCACUCUUUUUUCGGAUUACCUGGGUCCAAUAAUGAUAUUAACGUGUUGGACCGGUCUCAUUUAUUUUCUGGGCUUGCACAAGGACGUGCUCCUGCAACAAUCUCAUCUCCACUAGGAGAUAAAAGAAAAUUAUUUGCAAAAACUCAGGAGGCAUAUAGGAAGGACGUAGAGCGUGCAUUUGGAGUGCUUCAAGCGCGAUUUGCAAUUGUACGUGGACCUGCACGGUUUUUCUAUGAAGAAACACUACAUGACAUUAUGAAAGCAUGCAUCAUUCUUCAUAACAUGAUUAUUGAAGAUGAGCGUGAUGAAGCUGAAGCAGUGGACUUCGAUUAUGAACAAAUUGAUGAGAUUUCAUGUAUACCAAUGUCACGUGAGCGGACAAAUGAAUUUUCGGAGUUCAUUCAAGUUCAUCAACGCAUUAUGGAUAAAGAAGUUCAUUCUCAACUCCAAAAGAAUCUCGUUGAUCAUUUAUGGCAAUUACAAGGAGAGUUGUGA